AUGCAGAGCACUUGUUUCAUUGCUGCUCUUUUUUUCGCCGCCUCGGCACUUUCUGCUGGAACAGACUCUCUUGGCUGUUUCUCCUCCAUAGACACCUCUGUUUCCAAGGGCUUUGGCCAGUAUGAAACACAGUCGUUAUGUGCCUCUAGUUGUGGAGCUGACUAUCCAUACGUUGCCAUUCAAAAUGGUGGCUAUUGUUACUGUUUGUCGUCCAUGCCUACCAGUAACUCCAUUUCUAACUCGAACUGUAACGUCCCUUGUAACGGUUUUGGCCUGGUGAUGUGUGGUGGCCAAAGUGCAUUCACAGUCUUUUCCGGCUUGGGUCUGAGCGGCUCUAAUAGUGCCCAGUCUCUGUCGUCGCCAUCUUCGUCCUCCUUCCCUUCUUCAACAAGCUCCUCGUCCACAUCCUCAUCAUCGACAACCCAAUCGCUGCCCGCGAUUACGAGCGAACCAACCCACUCUGGUAGCACAAUCGUCACAAAAACUGCCGAUGCUAACGGUAGCGUCAUGUUCAAAACCGUCACACAAACCUCAGGUUCCACAGCCACGAACUCCGGUCUGAACGAUAACAAUAACAACAACGGCAGCAAGUCUUCUUCCAAUGUUGGACCCAUCGUUGGAGGUGUUGUAGGUGGUAUCGCAGCAUUGGCUUUAAUUGGAGUCGCUGUAUUCUUCUUCAUUCGUCGGAGAAAUCAGUCCGAUGAUGAUGACGACGAAGACUUCUAUGAAAAAGGAGGAAAUUCCGGUGCUGGAUCGUCUUCUGGAACGAUCAAGAAGCCCGCAAACUUCAAUCCCGCUUUUGACAGACCAAUGUCAAACCCAUUCGUCCAUCCCUCGGACGAAUCCGCAGAUAAAAGAGCCAGUCGGUCAGAGUUGACUGAUCCACGUCUUAAUCCUGUUAUGAUGGGUCGGAGACGGCUUUCAGAAGGGUCUCUUGCGGACGAGGCAGAUUAUUCUCGGAAAAUUCUAGGUGUGGCCAAUCCAUAG